CCCAAGGGACGAUUCAUCUACGAAGGUUGAGGCCAAUUCGUGCUUCGCGGCGGACGUCGUCUCGAACGGGCCACUCAAGUAGGAAUAAUAGCUGCUGGCAGCGGCGUAACGCCUAUGCUGCAACUGCUGCACCACGUGAUCGAGAGCUGCGACCAAACCCGCAUGAUCUUGGUCGAUGUUAACGCGAGCGAGGGCGACAUCAUGGCGCGCGAGGAGCUCGACUGCUACGCACUCCGCUUCAGUGUAAGCAUCAGGAUCUGGCACGUACUGAACAAGCUACCUCUGUCCAACGUGCCGAAAAUCUUCGUCCAGGGGCCGCUAACGAAAAGCAUCGUGGCCGCGCUUCUGCCUUCUCCUGGUCCAAAAACUGUCGUUCUGUGCUGUGGACCACCAAAUUUUCUCUACGAGGUGUGCAAGCCAGCGCUCAGGGAUGUCGGUCACGACGCGACACGAGUGCUGAUUUUCUGAGCAGAAACGCACUACUGCAAAACUGAAAGCCUCAGCAGUGUUUAGUGGAUGUGCUUUACUUUAGAUCAAAUACACGCAACACCGGAAAAAGCUCGCCACGAUGCCGCCAA